ACGUCACUAAACCAGAGCGAAAGAUAAAGAGAGGGGGAAACAGACCGCUUGCAGCAGACGCGUAUUGAGCAAGCAGUCGGGAAACGUCAGGAGCAACAAAGAGGACAGAGCGAGUGCGUCCGCCCGCAGCGAGCAGACAGACCCAUGGACACGGGAAGCAUGCCGACCGACUUAUCAGAGGCCCUGAAGCUGGCCACGAAGGAAUCGCACGAACUCGCUGAAAACUCGGAGUUUAUGAGAAAGUUUCUGAAGGGUCAGGUCACGAGGGAUGACUUCACACUGUUACUGGACUCUCUGUACUUCAUCUACACGGCCCUGGAAGAGGAGACCGAGAGGAACAAGGACCACCCGGCCUUUGCCCCCGUCCACUUUCCCUCCGAGCUGAACCGGAAGGAAACCUUGGAGCAGGACCUGGAAUACUUCCACGGGCCGGAGUGGAAGAGCCGCAUCGAGUGUUCGAAGGCCACCGCGAAUUACGUGUCCCGUCUCCAUCACGUGGGCCGCGGGGAGCCCGAGCUGCUGGUCGCUCACGCCUACAUCAGGUACCUGGGUGACCUGUCGGGGGGGCAGAUGCUGAGGAGGGUGGCCCAGAAGGCUUUGCAGCUGCCAAGCACUGGUGAAGGGGUCGCAUUCUUCACCUUUGACCGGGUCACCAGCGCAACCAAGUUCAAGCAGCUGUACCGCUCACGCAUGAACACGCUGGAGGCCGACGGAGAGACUUUGCAAAGGAUCCUGGACGAGGCGAACAGGGCCUUUCAGCUCAACACGGAGGUCUUUGAUGAGCUGUUGCAACUGGGAGCUCACAAGCAGCAGAACGGUGAAUUCAUGAAUGGCAGCAUGCUCGGUGAUCUAUCAGAAGCUUUGAAACUGGCCACCAAGGAUGCCCAUGAAUUGGCUGAAAACUCGGAGUUCAUGAGGAACUUUCUGAAGGGCCAGGUCACGAGAGAUCAGUUUAAGCUGUUACUGGACUCUCUGUACUUCAUCUACACGGCCCUGGAAGAGGAGACCGAGAGGAACAAGGACCACCCGGCCUUUGCCCCCGUCCACUUUCCCUCCGAGCUGAACCGGAAGGAAACCUUGGAGCAGGACCUGGAAUACUUCCACGGGCCGGAGUGGAAGAGCCGCAUCGAGUGUUCGAAGGCCACCGCGAAUUACGUGUCCCGCCUCCAUCACGUGGGCCGCGGGGAGCCCGAGCUGCUGGUCGCUCACGCCUACAUCAGGUACCUGGGUGACCUGUCGGGGGGGCAGAUGCUGAGGAGGGUGGCCCAGAAGGCUUUGCAGCUGCCAAGCACUGGUGAAGGGGUCGCAUUCUUCACCUUUGACCGGGUCACCAGCGCAACCAAGUUCAAGCAGCUGUACCGCUCACGCAUGAACACGCUGGAGGCCGACGGAGAGACUCUGCAAAGGAUCCUGGACGAGGCUAACGGGGCCUUUCAGCUCAACACGGAGGUCUUUGAUGAGCUGUUGCAACUGGGAGCUCACAACCAGCAGAACGGUGACUUCAUGAAUGGCAGCAUGCUCGGUGAUCUAUCGGAAGCUUUGAAACUGGCCACCAAGGAUGCCCAUGAAUUGGCUGAAAACUCGGAGUUCAUGAGGAACUUUCUGAAGGGCCAGGUCACGAGAGAUCAGUUUAAGCUGUUACUGGACUCUCUGUACUUCAUCUACACGGCCCUGGAAGAGGAGACCGAGAGGAACAAGGACCACCCGGCCUUUGCCCCCGUCCACUUUCCCUCCGAGCUGAACCGGAAGGAAACCUUGGAGCAGGACCUGGAAUACUUCCACGGGCCGGAGUGGAAGAGCCGCAUCGAGUGUCCGAAGGCCACCGCGAAUUACGUGUCCCGCCUCCAUCACGUGGGCCGCGGGGAGCCCGAGCUGCUGGUCGCUCACGCCUACAUCAGGUACCUGGGUGACCUGUCGGGGGGGCAGAUGCUGAGGAGGGUGGCCCAGAAGGCUUUGCAGCUGCCAAGCACUGGUGAAGGGGUCGCAUUCUUCACCUUUGACCGGGUCACCAGCGCAACCAACUUCAAGCAGCUGUACCGCUCGCGCAUGAACACGCUGGAGGCCGAUGGAGAGACUCUGCAAAGGAUCCUGGACGAGGCUAACAGGGCCUUUCAGCUCAACAUGGAGGUUUUCAAUGAACUUCAGAGACCGAGCUCGGGGUCAGAGAGAAAUGGCACCGUGCACGGGAGUGACAUCCGCAAACGUGCCGUUGUUCAAGGAAGAUCAAUGCCCACAGGAAUCACUCGGGACUUGCAAUCGCGUGAACCACUGACGGACGGCUCAGGCCUGCGGUUCGCUCUACUCCUUGGCCUGGUGGCGGUGGUGCUUGGGUGGUACCUGUUGUAGAGCCUGAAGCACACAGUUUCAACCCGAGCGGUCUUCUUCUCCUGUAUAUCUGUAUUUGCAGCACUAACUGAAUUGUAUCCUAUGCCAGCUGUGGCUCAGUGGGUAGCACUCUAACCUCAUAGUCCGAGGGUUGUGGGUUCAAGACCCACUGGGGUCACAUGAUUGAGGCUGGCUUCCCAGCAAAUGCUGCACUGUCAGAGAUGCCGUCCUUUGGGCAAAAAUUGGAAACCAAGAUUCCCCUCGGCACAUUUAAAAAUUCAAUAGCAAAGGGUUCUCUGUGGUGUCAGUUAGAAUUUAACUCUUAAUUACAUGAAGGUAGAUCUUGUCUGCUCUUGUUCGUGGGAGUCACAGUGCUGCUCUGCCCCAUGUACGAAUAAGAAUAAGCCCAUGCAGAAACUGCUCCAGAUCAUUGCUCUGGAGGAGUGGGCCAGUGACUGGUUGUCCAGGUUCUACACUGCCCUUGUUCCUGUACUGCAGGGGUCGGCAACCUUGUUCUGCUUAGGCCAGGACGCAUGUCUGUGAGUGGAUGGCGGGCCAUAUCUAUCAUGUGUACACAUGGAUCCCGCCCCGGAUGGCAGGCACCGCAUCACGUGUUCACAGAAGGUGGACAAAAAUGCUGGAGAAACUCAGUGGGUGAGGCAAUCCUUGCAUGUCUCACCUGAGUUUCUCCAGCAUUUUUGUCUACCGUCGAUUUUUCCAGCAUCUGCAGUUCUUUCUUAAACGUGUUCACAGAAGGUGCGUGGCCGUGCUGGCGGCUUUGCGCAGGAUGCGGUACAGCCAGAGCUCCACGGGCCGGAUGAUCACGGGGGGAAAAAAAUCCGCUUGCGGGCCGGAUGAUUUCGGGUUACGGUCUGCAUUUGGCGGAGGGGCCAUAGUUUACCAACCGCUGCUGUACUGCAUCAGGUACUGGAAUUUAAAAAAAAAAAACUCAGGGUAGGGAAUACAGGAACGAGAGGCAUCCAUUCAGCUUCUUGACGUGAUUCCACUAUUCACUUAGAUCAGACUUGAUUUAUACCCAAACUCCAAUCAUCUGCCUUGUCAGUAUUUGUUGAUAUUCUUCCUGAAUAGAAGUAUUAAAGAAGGAUAAAUGAUCAUCGCUACCCACUGCCUCCUGGGGGAAUAUCUAGGUCUACGUAUCCUGCUCUUUCAAGCAAAGUGCGACAGACAACGAGAAAUAGGAAGCAAAGAGAAACUGCACUUGUAUGGUUAUAAGAGAAACUGCACUUUAAAAAAAAAAAAAAAAAUUCCUUUAAAACAUUUUGUAUUGUUUUCGAUCAUUGUGAACUUAAACGAGAAAGUACAACAAAGUUGUAUCCCCACUUCUGUGUUCAACCUGGCAAAGGUGCCUUUUAGCUGCCUAGUUCGCACGGUUUGCAAUGGCCAACCCUUAACCUCUCCACCCUGAUUCUCCCUUCUCAAACCAAGACUUGGAUCAGCUGCUCUAUUUCUCUGGAAGGUCUGGUGUCAAAUUUUGUCUGAUAAUUGCUCUAUGAACCACAGUAAUAUUUUUCUAAAGUUAUAAAUCAUUUCUCUAUUUUUGAUGUUCUGUGUAUAAAUAUUUGUAGAAAUUAUUUUGUAACCAUUUGAAUCUAAACUACUGCCUUUCAAUUAAAAUUUAUGCCAAACGU